UUACAAACUUUCACUGACACGAAACUCUAAUUCGCAGUCAGUCGAAAUUCGAGUUCACCGUCGAAAUGUUUGAACCAGUAGAUGUUUGCUUCAAUUCAGAAAGUGAAAUGAAACAGUGGUCCAUCAAUGAAGAAACACAGGCACUUAUUGUUGCUGGUCUUUGUUGCAUAGGGGGCUGGGUUAUACUUUCUUGGUUUUUCCAGCUUUUCCUGUACGUUCUCUGGCCUGUCAUAGCUCUCAAUCUAACAAUGUUUUUAUUUCCAUCCUUCAAGAAAAUCAUAACGGAAGAUUAUUUCCACAAUUAUAUUGAGAUAAUAAAAUCUUAUUUGGAAAAGUAUUCAGAAGGCGAUUUCUGUUAUUGCUAUUGAUUGGUAAAAACACUAAUCAGAUGAUACUCAAGCAUAUUAAAAUUGUGAAUAAAUAAUGAGAAUAAUAAAGAAACAAUUUGAUGAG